UUGCUGUCGACGCGCGCGCUCGUGCGCGUGCACGAGGGGCUUUAUCUCUCGGGCAUAAUAGAGGAGAGAGAUGGAGAUGGUGAUGUGAUGUGUGGUCAGAAUUGCCUCCAUCUGGCGUCGGUCUGCGGAUUCCUCUCUCUGGUGGAGAAGAUGGUGGACCUGGGCGCGGACAUAAACGCUAAGGAGCAGCGUAACGGGCGUGGCUCGCUGCAUUUGGCCGUGGACCAGCAGAACCUGUCCCUGGUGCGGCUCCUCCUGGGGAAAGGGGCCGACCCCAACCUGCUGACCUCGGGGGGGCACAGCCCCUUCCACCUGACCCACGGCCUGGACGGCGGCGCCAUCCGCUCAGAGCUGCUGCCGCUCACCCGGCCAGAGCUGCGCGAGCUGCCCGACAGCGAGGAGGAGGACAGCGACGAGGAGGAGGAGGAGGAGGGGGACGAGUCCGAGGAGGAAGAGGCUCCGUACGACGACAUCCAGUGGAACGGCCACUAG